GUAUCGCGACGGCGAAUCUUUAUUAAUUUUGGGGUAGGGUUCCGCCGCAUUAUAUAAUUUCCAUUUGUAGGGUUUAGGCGGUUGACAUGGCGUCGGAGGAUGUGGUAGGAAAAACCAGCGCUACGAUCGCUAAUCUAGCCGAAGAAGCUAAGAUUGCUAGCGAAGGUGUUAAGGCUCCUAGCCGUCACGCUUUGCUCAGCAUCUGCAAGUCUCUCGUAGCCGGCGGCGUUGCCGGUGGAGUAUCACGAACUGCUGUUGCUCCUCUGGAACGAUUGAAAAUUCUUCUCCAGGUUCAAAAUCCUCAUGCAAUCAAAUAUAAUGGUACUAUCCAGGGGUUGAAAUAUAUAUGGAGAACAGAGGGUUUUCGUGGAUUGUUUAAAGGCAAUGGCACUAAUUGUGCUCGUAUUGUUCCAAACUCUGCUGUCAAGUUCUUUAGCUACGAGGAGGCAUCAAAGGGGAUUUUGUGGCUUCAUCGGCAGCAACCUGGAAAUGAGGAUGCUGAACUCACCCCUCUCUUACGCCUUGGAGCUGGCGCAUGUGCUGGAAUAAUUGCCAUGUCAGCUACCUAUCCCAUGGACUUGGUUCGAGGUCGGCUUACUGUCCAGACCGACAAAUCUCCCAGCCAGUAUCGAGGAAUUGCACAUGCUCUUAGAACAGUACUCCGUGAAGAAGGUCCACGUGCAUUAUAUAAAGGGUGGCUUCCUUCUGUCAUUGGUGUUGUACCGUAUGUGGGUCUUAAUUUUGCGGUCUAUGAAUCAUUAAAGGACUGGUUGAUUAAAUCAAGGCCAUUUGGGCUAGUUGAGGAUGCUGAGUUGAGCGUGACAACAAAGCUCGCGUGUGGGGCUGCAGCUGGAACUGUUGGCCAAACAGUUGCUUAUCCUCUCGAUGUCAUCCGCCGAAGAAUGCAAAUGGUUGGUUGGAAAGAUGCAGCCUCCGUUGUUACUGCAGAUGGCAAGUCAGGACUUGAGUACACUGGAAUGAUUGAUGCAUUCAGGAAAACUGUUCGCUAUGAGGGUGUUGGCGCGUUGUACAAGGGCUUGGUCCCGAACUCAGUGAAGGUGGUUCCUUCGAUAGCGAUUGCGUUUGUGUCAUACGAGAUGGUUAAGGAUCUACUGGGAGUAGAGAUGAGGAUAUCUGAUUGAAAAUUUGAUGUUAUUUUUGCGGGCAGAAGAGGAAAGAGGAGGUAAAAAGCCGUGGAGGUCAUAUAUUUUUUGUUCUCUUCUCUGUUUUCGGUGAUAAUGUGAAGAGAUUUAGAAGUUGUUAGUGUUGAUAUAGUCGUCGACCUCCAACACUUUCUUUCUUUGUUUCUUUGUUUCUUUCUGCUGUGGUUUUUGGGUGUUGUGAUUCAAUACACACCAACACCACCUAAUAAUAAUAAGGAUGUUUCAUAGGGCUGACUGAGGUUGAUGAUAAUGCUACUGGAGUUGUUUUGAUCGGUAAUUCAGUAUUAUUAUGAUAAUAAUGGCUGUUUUCUGUUC